CCACAGUUUGAUGCUGACAAUAUAGAGCACUGGAUAAAGCGGGUGGAACAAGCCUCCGAAUUUGCUGUUUCUGAAGCUUUUUCAUUAAAAAAGACAUCCCAUUCUCGUGGAUUUCAUGGUCCAGUGCUGGAUUUGGAAACAACAGAUCAGCUGCUAGAUCAUGAUGAAGCAUAUGUAGAAGCUCAAGAGUUGCUUAAUGACUGGAUGAAUUCAAAAUUGAAAUUAGAACUGGCAAGUGACGAAGACAACGAUGUUCAAAAUUCAGCACCUAACUCUGUUCCUUUACAAGAGCCUGUUGCUGGCUUUCAGAAAUAUAAAAAAUUUGAUGAUUUCUGUGGUUAUUUGGAGCAAGAGGUGGAAAGCACCACGGUACAAGAUUUUUUACAGCAUCUAUUGCAAAGUGAAAUUGUGAACAGUGGUAUACUGGAAGACCUUAAAACUAAAGGCAUCAGAGAGAAAAAGGAACCCAGAGACUUACGAAUUAACAUGGAACUAAGACAUAAACAAGUAAAAGAAAAUCGCUUGAAAAAGCAGAAAGAGCUUGAACUUCUAAAACAAGAAAAAGCCUUGAAAAAGUUAGCAGUAUCAGAGGCUCAAAAGCAACUGCAAGAGGAGAUGAAGAGGAAAGAUUUGAAAGCCAAAAAAGAAGAAGAAGAGAUCAAAAAACAGAUGGUAAUACUGCGGAAGGAGUUGGGAGAGAAAAGAUAUCUCAUGGAAGAAGCACGGAAAAUGGAAAGAAAGAGGCACAAUUUAAAAAAAAUUCAGAGUCUGAUAGAAGUUGGCCUGCCUCUUACUGACCUUAUCUGUCUGAAUUGUGACAAUGAAAGACAAAAGAAGGAGGAACAGGACAAACAGCUGGAACUGCUAAGCAAAGUCAACACUGCUGAUCAGAAGUGCCUACGGAAGUAUUUUUCUGCCUGGUACAAGUUUAUUCUGGAUCUCAGAAUUAAAAUGGGAAAAGCAAGAGCCCUUGCAGACUGGAAGUGCCAGCUGAAGAUUUUCCGAGCCUGGAGAGAUUAUUCAUGGUCUCACAAACUGGAGAAGGAGACUCAAAAAAUGGAAAAUCAGCUUCGGGAUCAAAAUAGGAAAAACCAAUUGGCUAUAGAGUUUAACCGGAAAUGCAUUUUGCGUCAUUUCUUUGCUGAAUGGCAAUGCUGGAGCCGAUUAGAGAUGGAAAAGAGAGACCUAGAGGUGAAAAAAGAAAAAAUGAAAAGAAAAAUGGCAACGCUCUUGGAAGAAGUAUCACUGGGGCAACUAACAUCAGAUUUCUCAAAACCUACCAAUAAAAUUCAUGAGACAGAAGUUACCCAGGAUAAACCUGCAAGUGAUACAGAGAUAAACCAAAUAGAGGUUAACAAGCUGACUGAAGUACCAUUUGUUCAAAAUAAUCCCACAAUUGCAAAAUCUGAAAGAGAAAAUUCCUACUCUCCAGGGACAAGUAAAAAAUGCAAUCUCCAUUCACCAAGUCAACCAAAAUGGCCAUGGCAAAUCACCAGAAAACAUGCUGCUUUCAAUCUUCAGGACCAUGUCAGGUUUGGGAAUCAAACAAAGCAUUCCUUGCAACAUCUUGAUCUAUCAAAACAAAAGAAAUCUUCUGCUAUUUUGGCCCCCCUGGAACAGCAGCGUCUGAUUGAAGAACAGCAACAACAGCUUCAAGAGCAGCAAGAGCUGAUCCGUAAACUUCAGGGCCUUCAGAGGCUACACACUGCUUGGGAGGAGGUUGAGCAAACUACAACUGCUACCACAGUACUUAACAUUAACACUCCAAAAAUUAAGAAAGAAAAGCAGCUGAGAGAAAAUCAAUCAAAUUACAAGAAUAUUAAACCUGAAAGGUACAAUAAUAUCACUGGGAUUUUGUUAUCUAACAGCUAAGGAGCAUCUGGUUCCUCUG